AUGGCGCAGACUCAACCACAGCAGUUUGCCUCGCAGCAAUCUUUCUCUCCUCCCGUCUCCUCCCCGUCGCCCAGUGCAGCACCGUCUCCAGUGAACGGUGGCAUUCCUCCUCAAAAACGACAACAAUUCUCGCCUCUCCCGCAGUCGCAAACACAAUCACCUUAUGCUUCUCCGAGUUUUGGAACUCUGCAGCUGCCGCAGACUCAGUCGCCAACGAUGAACGGGACAAAUAUGAACGGCAUGGCUCCAACGACGCCAGCGCCUCCUCCCCCUCCAGGCGCAAUGGGACCGCCCUCUCGCCCCGUGGAAAAGGCUACAGAUGCUGCUGAGUUGACGGAUGUUCUGGCAUCCUCGGGUAUUGAUGUUAGGGAGGAGGAAGCUUUUCUUACCAGCAGUUACUCAGGGCCUGGUGUGCAGGCGCAACAGCCCCCUCGGCCUCAGCAGCCACCGCCGCCACAGCAACAGCAUCAUCUUCAACAACAGCAACCUCCACCAGCAAACCUCUCUUUUACGUCGCAGCCUUCUACUACUGGAACAAUCUCCUCUGCCCCCAGCUUCAACGAGCCGUCGCAGUUGAAACCUCCAACUACUCAAGACUCAUUCUAUACUGAGCCGGCGUCGUCCCAGCCUCCUGCACCGUUCAAAGACCCGAACGAACCUACCCGCGAGGAUACAGAAGCAGCUAGGCGCGCGCAAUAUCAUUUGCAGGAACCAUUUCUUUUGACAAAGGUGCUGGAACAGAAGUUGCAAAGGCGUGGUUUUGAGCUUGGUGUUCGCAUACCUGCCGAAGGGCUAUUCCAUCCCGUUCCAGGCCGUCCUCAGCCGAUCGAAGUUACCGGUCCUGAUGGUUCAUCUGUGGUACGAACGGGACAAACUAUUUUGAAUCAAGAAGGAGCUCCGUUGGUGGAUAUCCUUAAUUUAAUGUCGAUUUCCUGCGAGGAACGCCUGAGAAACGUCAUUGACUAUUCUUCUACACUUGCCAGGAGCCGGCGUGCACACUCGCAUGGGGCAGUGCCAGUUGAAUGGAAGGACGUGGCAUCAUCUGCUGCUCCAACUAACGGACAUGCAGAGACCCCUAAGGCAACCCCAAUCAAGCGAUCCCACUCGGAAACCGAACAACAAUCUAAGAGAACACUUCCUCAGAAAUACCGCAUGCUCAUGGACAGAGAUAACUCCUAUGAAGAGAUUCGUGCCGCAAAACGUGCUAAGCGUAGCGCAAAUGCCAUUCUAGGAGAAAGCGCAGGAAGCAGAUCCGACUCUGUAGAUAUGCCAGGCUCUGGGGCAUCCACGCCAAUUGGCGAGAAGACUCCGAGCUUCGAUAAGAAAGGAGUUACCAAGAAGGAAGCCAGGAAGAUGCAUGAUGCAAAAGCAAGCGAAGCCCAGCAACACCAGCAAUCCGUCGAGACUGCACGAAUGGCCACCAAUAGCAUGCUUUCUGGGCGCAUGUUUGGUACCAAGAAAUCAUACUCAUGGCUUAACAGAGGCCCAGCCACUGGCAGUGGCUUUUCAACACCAUCACGGGUGAAUACGGCAACUCCAGCUGCAACUCCAGAUAAACCUGGAAAAUCCGGAGAACCAGCGGCUGCGCCCACCAGACGUCUUGGUGCCUGGCGCGAAGACAAAGAAAAAGGGUCUGGGAUACAGGUCCGAGACAUUUUGUUCAUGCUCGAGCUCGAUGGCAGAGGCUCGAGGCAUAUACAAAAGGCAUACUCGAAAGAUGUGAAAGAAGACCGACUGGACUGA